AGCAAAAUGUGUGAGCCACCCGCGCGCGGAGGGGAAGCGACCCACUCGAGAGGAGCCGCGAACGACAAAGGAGAGGUCGGAUCCGUUCGGACGGAACUCGACCCGCUCGGGCCCGGCGGUCGGCCGAUGACACGUCGGUGCCAUCGCUGCUGGGAAGGGGUGGGCGGACCGGGGGAGAGUCAGUCUGUCAGCAAGAAAAUCGGUCGGAUUCUCCGCCUGAGGAGCUCACGACUUGUCGCAGAAAGAAAAGUCGACCGGGAUCACCUGUUGGAGCUGUGCAGGUAGGACGCCAAAAGGAUCUUGCGUUCAUGCUAUAAUUGUCAUUCAUUCAUUCUGGGAGAUUCAAUUGUAUUCCAAAUAUUUUGGGGGGGGGGAUUUAUUUUUAAAUGUUACAAAUGUACCCACCCUUAGAAUCGCCCCAAAACAAGUUAGAUAUCUGCAACAUUUCACAUGCAUUUGUGUUUUUAAAGCCGAGAAGACAGCAGCAGUCUUCAGAUUGUAACGUGGAGCGUGAAUGCAAUGCAGCGGAAGGAGUCAGCACGCUUCUGACGCUUUUGCCUUUUAAAACGUCACAUCUUCAAAACAACGUGGCUAUGAACUCAAAUACGGUCAUGUGACGCUAUUGCAUUUGGAGUCAGAAUCAGGACUAAAAUUGCUCUUCGAGUGACGAGCGUCACAAGCGUACAGUGUAAUUAAAAGUUGAUCGGCGUUCACCGAAACGAUUCUCCAAGCAAGGCCCGAAAGCAAAAAAAAAAAAAGCUAAUUGCCCAUUUCCUCAUCCAUUUACAAACCCUUUUAGGACAAAUCUAAAAGAAGUGAUGACGUAUUCUAAAGCCGUUUGUGACCUUAAAAUCUUGUAUGUUGUAUGAUUGUCAGAAACUGAGGACCGCCAUGUAGUUGUAAAAUAUAGUACCGUAUUUUUGGGACCUGGGCCAUCGGUGGGAAUUUGCACGACUUAAUCCGCCUCUUAAUAUCACCACGGGCACAUUGCAAUUAUAGAAAGCAUCAAAACUAUAUAUAUUUCCAAAAAUAAAAAAUGCAAUUCAACAGCACACAAGUGUGACUAAUAUUGCUGCUAAUCUGGUUGAAGUCACACAGGCCAGCACGAGUGAUUGCCAAGGCUCGAGGGCAGAUUAGACUGACAUGGCGACACAUGGACGCUGAAAUCUGACUGGACCAAAAAUCGCAAAAAGAUAUUGAACACUUCCUCAUGUACUGGAAGCAGCGCAGCCGAGAGAAACGCUGCGAAAUGAAGAGAAUAGCCUCUUGGGAAUAAAUAAAUCAAUACAAUUUCAGGUGAAGAAAUAUCGGAAUUUAGCUUUGUAAACCAAGUUGAGUGCUUCCGAUGGCGUUCAGGUGUGGUUGGCCCCGACCUCCCGCCCUUGGUCGUAAAGUGGACACUUAACUAGUAGUGUUCGUGUUUGUCUUACCCGCGAGGAAGCGAUGGCGUUUACAGGACCGCCCAAAGGAUGCGGGUCCAGCAUUGGCUCCAUAUACUACAACCUGUGCGACCUGACGGCGGCGUGGGGGGUGGCGGUGGAGGCCGUGGCCGCCGCAGGCGCGGUGACCUCCUUCGUCCUCUUCGUCAUCCUCAUGGCCUGCCUGCCCUUGGUGACGGACGAGAAGAGGAAAGCCACUGUGGCCUUGCAGGCCGGCGUUCUGGUUUUCACCCUGGGACUCUUCGGUCUGGCCUUCGCCUUCGUCGUGGGCCGCUACCCGGCCAGCUGCGCGGCGCGGAGGUUCCUCUUCGGCGUCCUGUUCGCAGGAUGCCUGGCCUGCCUGCUGAUGCACGGGCUGUGGCUCGUCCUGCUGCAGAGGCGGGGCCGCGGGCCCAGGAGCUGGACGCUGUGCCUGGGAGCGCUGGCGCUCUGGUCGGUGGAGGUCAUCGUCAACACCGAGUGGCUCCUCAUCACGGCGGUCCGCAAUCCGCCGGCCGCUCGGGACGCUUCCGAGCCGUCCUGCGGCUUCGCCAACCGGGACUUCGUCAUGGCGCUGAUCUACGUGAUGGUCCUGCUGCUCGGCGCCGUGCUGACGGCCGUGCCCUCGCUGACGCACAAGGGCCGACGGUGGCGCAGGGACGGAGCGUUCGUCCUGGUCACGGGCCUCCUCACCGCGGCCAUCUGGGCGGCUUGGAUCGCCAUGUACGUCGGCGGCAACCGAGCGGUGGGAGACGACGGCUGGGACGAUCCCACCCUGGCCGUGGCCGUGGUGUCCAACGCUUGGGUGUUCCUUCUCCUGUACGCGGUGCCGGAGAUCUGCUUACUGACGCAGCGGGACGCGGACUUGGAUCCUCCCCACGACGGCGAGCACAUCUACCCGGCCAGGACCUUGGCGUACGACAACGUUCGCAAGGAGCCGGAGCCUGCCCACCAGACGGUCUACCUGGAAAAUAAAGCCUUCACAAUGGAGGAGCCUCCAACAGAGCCUUCGAAGCCGGUGUCGCCGUACGCCGCUUACAACGGUCAACUGCGAAGUUGCGUCUACCAGCCCACCGAAAUCGCCCUGAUCGCCAAGGGUCUGACCAAGAUGGACCAGGACGCGAUGAUGCGGCGCGCCUCGACCUCGUCUUUGAACACGGCGGGAAGCAGCGGCGGCUCACUGCAUCGCUUGGUGGGCUCCUUGGCCUCUUAGCAACCAUAUCGCACGCACGCACGCACGCGCUUCAGAGCGGCCUGCCUGCUUUCACUAGCUUGCUGUGAUGAAUGGCUACUCUU